AUGCAAGAGAACAAUAAUGAAUGCAACCUUUUUGUGGAUUUUAUAUGGGAAAGUGGUUUGAUGGACAUUACUUGUAAAGGGAAGAGAUAUUAUUGGUAUAGUGAAGAUGGGAGGUCUAUGAGCUGGAAUGAUCGGAUAAUAAUGUUGGACAUUAUUAUGAAUAGGUGGAAUGUGGUAGGACAAUUGAUAGGGGAAAGAGACAUAUCGGACCAUUUUCCAAUUUGUCUUGUUUUGGAUGAGGAAAACUGGGGCCCUAAACCUUUCAAGUUCAACAACAAAUGGUUUUCGAACAAAAAUUUCAUUCCGUUUGUUGAAAAGGAGUGGAGGGAGAUUAUAGUGGAAGGGAGAGGAGACUUUAUUUUGAAAGAGAAACUCUGGAUUCUAAAAGAAAGACUUAGAUGGUGGAACAAAGUUGUCUUUGGGCGGGUUAACUUGGAGGUGGAGGAAAAGGUGAGAGAUAUCAAUUUGGCCGAUGAACACUUGGAACAAGAUAUUGAAUUUUUUAAUUUCAACAUCGUUCUUAACCGGAAGGAGGCGACUAGGGAAUUUUGGAUGAAGUUGAGAAUUAAAGAGAAUAUGCUUGCUCAAAAAUCCAAGGUGAAGUGGCUUAAUGAGAGUGAUUGUAAUAGUUCUUUUUUCCACAAAGUGUUAAAGGAAAAAAGAAGGAUUAAUCAUAUUGGUUCUAUUUCCUCUUCGGGAAUUAUUCUAGAAAGGGUAGAAGAGGUAAAGGAGGAAGUUUUGAGGCAUUUUUCAAAUAAGUAUGGAGCCGAGAGGGAGAGGUGGGGUUUAGAAGGGAUUGAGUUUGAUCGUAUUAGUUAG